CACUAAAUUCUUUUCAGGCAGUGUGCACUUCGGCGCAUGCGCGUUGGCCUUCUAGAGCUUUCUUCACGUGGGUCUCUUCAGUGCCACUCGCUUCUCUUUGCUCUUUCUCACACACACACACACAGGACCUAGAGCUGCUAAAGAUUAACUGCAGAUAUGGCUAAGGCUUUCCGAAAGUUUCUCCCCAUGUUCGACCGAGUACUGGUGGAGCGUCUGGCAGCAGAGACCGUGACGAAAGGAGGCAUCAUGAUUCCAGAAAAGUCCCAAGGCAAAGUGCUUCAGGCCACCGUGGUGGCUGUGGGACCUGGCGCCACCAACAAGGACUUCUACAGCUGGCCAGAUGAGUCUUUUGAGGAGAUGGACAGCACUCUGGCAGUGCAACAGUAUAUCCAGCAAAACAUUCGCUCCGACUGCUCCAACAUAGAGAAGAUCUUGGAGCCUCCAGAAGGACAGGAUGAGGGAGUGUGGAAAUACGAACAUCUCAGGCAAUUUUGUUUGGAACUCAACGGCUUGGCUGUUAAACUCCAGAGCGAGUGCCACCCAGACACAUGUACCCAGAUGACUGCCACCGAGCAGUGGAUCUUUCUGUGUGCCGCCCACAAGACUCCAAAAGAAUGUCCUGCAAUCGACUACACCAGGCACACUCUGGACGGUGCAGCAUGCCUUCUUAACAGCAAUAAGUAUUUCCCUAGCCGCGUCAGCAUUAAGGAGUCGUCAGUGGCGAAGCUAGGCUCCGUCUGCCGUCGAAUUUACAGGAUCUUCUCCCAUGCUUACUUUCAUCAUCGCCAAAUAUUCGACACAUAUGAGAAUGAGACGUUUUUGUGUCACCGCUUCACCCGCUUUGUGAUGAAGUACAGUCUGAUGUCCAAGGACAAUCUGAUUGUGCCCAUCAUGGAGGAGGAGAACCAGAGCGGGUCAGCAGGAGAGAGUGAAGCCUGACCUCCACCUCUGCAGAGCAUCCUGAAAAACUGGCGCACACACUUGUUUUUUUCCCCCCCUCCUUAUAUCCACAAA